AUGUCAGUGGCUGCCAAGUGUGGAACGACGUCAACUGCCAAGUUUCUGCUCCAGCAUGAUGCUGACGCUAACCCGGGGAGUAAAUGUGGCCGCCUAGCCAUGUACGAGAGUCCAUUACUAUGUGCAGUGCGCAAAGGCCAUGUCACGAUUAUCAAGCUUCUUCAUGCCCACGGUGUUUCACUUCAAGAUAGAGAGGAGGAUCAAGAUACCUACGGCCUGACUCCACGCACUUGGGAAUGCAGACAGGGCCAUAUAGAGCUGAUUGAACUCUUGGUGGAGAAGGGAGCAGACCCCAGCUUCAAGGAUGCUGGACCAUCCUUCGCGGGAAUGGAUAUGGAUUCAAAGCUCGAGUACAUAGCUUUCCUUGGAAUUCCCAAGGAGGCAUUCGUUGCGGCAUUGUCAGAGAAGGUUAAUGAAGAUAAUUAG